CAGGGUUCACAGUGACCUCAACCCUUCCUUCAACGUGUCCGCCGGGUGGCCCUCAACAUCUGCUGACUAUUUUUUUCUUCACUUCACUGCUCUGCUCUUCCCAGUGGAUCUGUCGCAACUUCUCCCAUAUAGCCUGACGACACGACAACUGAAGACGGCCGACACAUAGAUUGAGCCAAUUCCAAGUACAAGCCAGUCCCGUGUUCCCCGUCGCCAGACACCCCAGCCGCAAUCAUGGACGCCGUCCGCUCCGCCCUCCAACCUGUCACUCACAAUCUCCCGGCCCCGAUCCGCGACCUCGGCGUCUCCAUCAUCGGCGAGCACUGCUACAAGUCCCUCUUGCUGGACAUCAACGUUGAGGAUGUAGACUGCAUCAAGCUCGGCCUGUCCAAGGGCAUCGGCCUCGGCAUCGUCGGCGUCUCGAGCAUCGUCAAGCUGCCGCAGAUCCGCAAGCUCACUUCGUCGCAGUCGGGCGAGGGCAUCUCCGUGCUGUCGUACCUCCUCGAGACGGCCUCCUACCUCGUCUCGCUGGCCUACAACUACCGCAACCAGUUCCCCUUUAGCACCUACGGCGAGACGGCGCUCAUCAUGGGCCAGAACGUCAUCAUCACCGUCUUGGUGCUCAACUAUACCGGCCGUGCGAGCCUGGCUGCCGUGUUCGUGACGGCGUUGGCUGUUGCGCUGGGAACGCUGUUCGCUGGAAGCUUGGUCGAUAUGCAGACGUUGGGAUACCUGCAGGCUGGCGCGGGCGUGUUGAGCGUCGCUAGCAAGGUUCCCCAGAUUCUGGCGAUUUGGUCCGAGGGUGGCACUGGGCAGCUCAGCGCAUUUGCUGUCUUCAACUACCUCGCCGGCUCCCUCUCCCGCAUCUUCACCACCCUCCAGGAGGUCGACGACAAGCUCAUCCUGUACAACUUCAUCGCCGGCUUCCUCCUCAACGCCGUCCUCACGUCCCAGAUGGCGUACUACUGGAACGCGCCCUCCAAGAAGGCCAAGGGCAAGCAGAAAGUUCCCAUCCCUGCUGCCCCUUCCACCGGUUCCUCGUCGGCUACUUCGACGCCCGCCAAGAAGGGUCCCAGCACCCGCCGUCGCGGUUGAGUGCGUGAUUCUCUCGAAGGGGUAAGGCCUUCUCCUUUGAAGGCGGCCAGAGCGUUUAGAUACCAUGUUGUUGCUUCUAUAAUUCAGUGAGCACAUUUAAAAACUUGUUCCACUUGCGUACUCUUCGUGACCAGCCUCUUUAUUGACGCUCUUAACCUCGAAUUUCCGAGGGCUCUGUACCGUUUGCAUACAUCUGACAGGCGAGGUUACCACAACCUUACUAAAUCGACUGGAUUGAGCAAGGUGCAGUUUAUGUUGUUCGACUUGGUGCAGCCGGCCCGAAUCAUUACCAAUCUCAGCAGACGGGGAACCCUUGAAAUUUCCGUGAUGAGAGAGAGCUGCGUCCGAGGUUUGUGUUCCCACUCGAGCAAGGAACCGAAGCUUCGGCCUCUCUAUUGAACCAGUGCCUCUUGCCCCUGCAGGUCGUUUAUGGUACAUCAGAGCUCGGCUUUACAUGUUUUAGCCCACAGGCCCGCUAAAGGUUUAUCGAAGCGAUGGCCUGGAGGCUGUAUCCAUCGCUCGUUGCGCCGCAGCUACUGACCUGACUUGUUAAAGAAGCUGAACUUCCUUGGUUUAGGCGCCUUCAUGCGGCUGUUCACGGGCAGAUAUAUCACGAAGGGUGUCAAACGAGAUAUGGGAUCGGCGGAGUGUGUAUUAUGAAGCCUCCGGUGAGGUACGUGGUCGUAUGGUAUCAAAGGUGUCGCCCUCUCCCCAUGUAAUUAGGGUUCUUCUUCUCCCCCUCGGCCGCCGCCGUCCACCAUCCCCAUCACCACCACCAUCACCAGGCUCUCCUUUCUCGCGCGCCUCCCCCAAGAACAAGACCGCAAAACGUUGGCAUAACUGGGUAUGCCCGUAGGCAGGGACCCCCCACUUCUCGUGGUAUCGUAGUCUGCUAUCCAAAUUAGAAUCCUGUUCACAAGGAGAUUGACUGCUAAGAAAAGGGGCAACUCACUUACUCGUACAAACGACAAAAAAGACCGUAGACACACUUCGGCGCUCAACCGCGCAGAGAGAGGAAUGCGACCAAUCCCCCCACGAAAGCC